GCACUGAAAUGUCCCAAAUCCCUCUCUUUUCUAGGGUUUAACCAGUUCACCUUUUCUCCUCCUUGUUCCGGCGGCUUCCGCUCUCUCUCCGCCGUUGAAUCAUGUCACUUUACCGCCUCCUCCUCCGCUCUUUUCGCCGCUCUUCAACCUCUCCGUCGCAUUCCCAAGCUCUGAGUAUUGGUCCUCUUAACCACCAUUUGUUGUCCCCAAUUCCACCGUCCUCUCAAAGUUCUUCUCCCAUCUCGCUCCUCCAUGUCCGCUCAUUUGCUUUUUCCUCUGCCGAAGAGGCUGCUGCCGAAAGACGCCGUAGAAAGCGCCGUCUUCGUAUUGAACCUCCUCUACAUGCACUUCGUCGCGACAACUACCCGCCUCCACAGCGUGAUCCCAAUGCUCCUCGACUUCCUGAUUCCACAUCCGCUCUUGUGGGGCCUCGUCUUAAUCUUCACAAUCGUGUUCAAUCCCUGAUUCGUGCUGGUGAUCUUGAUGCGGCUUCUGCGGUUGCCCGCCACUCCGUGUUCUCGAAUACGCGGCCGACGGUUUUCACUUGUAACGCUAUUAUUGCUGCUAUGUAUCGGGCCAAGAGGUACAGUGAUGCGAUUGCACUGUUUCAAUUCUUCUUUAAUCAGUCGAAUAUAGUUCCCAAUGUUGUGUCGUAUAAUAACUUGAUUAAUGCUCAUUGCGAUGAGGGCCGUGUUGAUGUUGGUCUUGAGAUUUAUCGUCAUAUUAUUGCAAACGCUCCAUUUAGUCCCUCGGCAGUGACUUAUCGGCAUCUGACUAAGGGAUUGAUUGAUUCUGGGAGAAUUGGGGAGGCUGUGGAUCUUCUGCGGGAAAUGUUGAAUAAAGGUCAUGGGGCUGAUUCUUUGGUCUAUAAUAAUUUGAUUUCUGGGUUUCUAAAUUUGGAGAAUUUGGAAAAGGCGAAUGAACUGUUUGAUGAGUUGAAGGAGAGGUGUUUGGUGUAUGAUGGAGUUGUGAAUGCUACGUUCAUGGAUUGGUUUUUCAAUAGAGGGAAAGAGAAGGAGGCCAUGGAAUCGUACAAGUCAUUGCUUGACAGGCAAUUCAAGAUGAUUCCCGCGACUUGCAAUGUGCUGUUGGAAGUUUUGCUUAAACAUGGGAAGAAAACGGAGGCUUGGACCUUAUUUGAUCAGAUGUUGGAUAACCACACUCCGCCAAAUUUUCAAGCAGUCAAUUCAGAUACGUUCAACAUAAUGGUUAAUGAGUGUUUUAAGCUCGGCAAGUUCUCCGAAGCAGUAGAAACUUUCCGGAAGGUGGGAACUCAACCAAAGUCGAGGCCCUUUGCUAUGGACGUUGCGGGGUAUAAUAAUAUCAUCGGUAGGUUUUGUGAGCAGGGAAUGAUGGCAGAUGCUGAGACUUUCUUUGCUGAACUUUGUUCAAAGUCUUUGUCCCCUGAUGUCCCAACUCACCGAACUUUAAUAGAGGCGUACUUAAAGAUUGAGCAGAUUGAUGAUGCAUUGAGAGUUUUUAACAGAAUGGUUGAUGUUGGUUUGCGAGUUGUUGCUAGCUUUGGAAAUAGGGUAUUUGGAGAAUUGAUUAAGAACGGCAAGGUAGUUGACUGUGCUCAGAUUUUAACAAAAAUGGGAGAGAGGGAUCCUAAACCAGAUCCCACAUGCUACGACGUGGUGAUCCGAGGGCUAUGCAACGAAGGGGCACUGGAUGCUAGUCGGGAGUUGCUCGACCAAAUAAUGAGGUACGGUAUUGGUCUCACUCCUACACUUCAGGAAUUCGUUAAAGAGGCAUUCGUAAAGGCUGGCCGGAGUGAAGAGAUUGAAAGACUGCUAAAUAUGAAUAGAUGGGGACAUGCUCCAUAUCGCCCCCCCUCUGGACCCCCACGGAUAUCACAAUCGCAGGUACCACCUCAAAUGGGACCUCCUCGUCCGCCACCUCAAGGACACCCGCCAAUGGCCGAACCACAUUGGCGACCUUCAAUAAACCCUCAAGCAGGAGGAAGUUAUGCCCCUUCAUCACCUCAAAUGACAGGUCCUCAAGGACACCCGCCAAUGGCAGAACCACAUUGGCGGCCUUCCAUAAACCCUCAAGCAGGAGGAAGUUAUGGCCCUUCAUCACCUCAAAUGACAGGUCCUCAAGGACACCCGCCAAUGGCAGAACCACAUUGGCGGCCUUCCAUAAACCCUCAAGCAGGAGGAAGUUAUGCCCCUUCAUCACCUCAAAUGACAGGUCCUCAAGGACACACGCCAAUGGCAGAACCACAUUGGCGGCCUUCCAUAAACCCUCAAGCGGGAGGAAGUUAUGGUCCUUCAUCACCUCAAAUGACAGGUCCUAACUAUUUUCAAUCAGGAUCAGCUCAAAUGACAAGACCACAACAGCCAUCGUUCGAUCCAUCGCCAAUGGAGGAACAACAUCACUCACAACAGCCCCCUCAAAUAGCUGGCCAGGCGGCAGCUUGAUUCUUAGCUUCCCAAGUUAUUGGAGGAUGCUACUGUCAAAUUUUGACUUUGAGCUGACAUGGCAAUAUGUGAUCAAUUACAAUACCACCACCACCUCCUUGUGCUGCAUGUUCCUUCUGUCAGUUCACCUCAAGUGUCUUCCAUUCAAGGGGCGUAGUCUCUGCCUACAUCCUAAUUAUAUUGGGAGACUCCAAGAACACAAUUUAGUCGGUUUCUAUGUAUUUUAUGGAGAGAAUUGGGAUGUAGUGUUGAUCUGGUUAGCAAGCAGGCUUACAAAACUUAUUUAAUAGUGUAGUACUUGGUGUCUACAGUAAUAUAAACAGCCAGAGCACGGCUGAGUUCGAGCCACCGUGACCCUAUCCGCCAAUGCUGGAGCUUAAUAUCUGGAAGCAUUUUGCGACUGUAGCGACGACGCCCAUAUCGGGUCGUCAUAUGAUAUUACAAAACUGUGGACAGAAUUUGUCAAAUACUUGUAGACAGUUUGAAAGUUGUACACUGGGAUACAGCUCUCAGUAAACAACAUUUUUGCAUUUGAGGUUUAGAGCUAGCAUUAAAGAAAUAUAGGAACUCCGGUUUAGGUUAACCAAGUGGUGUUACUAUUGGUUUUGUUAGAUAAAUAGUAUGAAGUAUGAGCGGCACAUUCUCUAUGACCCCUACUCGUGUCAUGUUUUAUGGCUAUUUGACGUGUAUUAUGUUAUGUUAUGAAUUAUACCAUGAGAUGACUAUUCUCUGU